AUGGUGGCGGAGAUUGCGUUCGAGAUUUCACCAGAGAUCAUCGGUUAUCACUUCGUGUUUCUCUUGAUGCAGUCCUUGGUUCAAGGAAUAUCAGCGACAUAUCUGAAAUCACAAAGGAAUAAGUUACGUUUCCGGCAACUUCCUCCGGUUAUGGAGGCUUUUCAUUCAUGGUUCGUCGUUGGAAUGUGUCAAUGUUUUGAUUUCUUCCAAGACCAACCCGUUAUCUCCGUGAUGCCCAAUAUCCGAUCAAUGGAUGUGUUUGAAUGUAUAUUCCAAAGAGGCAUAAGGUGUCUCGAUCAGCGAAUUUGGGAUCCGGGUAUAGUUUAUUCAUGGGGAAUCGAAGAAUCGAUGCAAGAGAGGAUAUGGAGUAUUAUCAAUAACAUUAGACGACUAUGGAGUUUCAUCCAAGAGAUGAUAGCCAAAAACGAUUGA